AUGAGUAGCUUUGGCGAUCUGGAAGGUGGCCUUACGGACGCUGCAGCUUCAGCAGAAGCGGCAGCACUUCAUCAGUCUCAAGGCGCAUUUCUGCUACCUAACAUAGAUCAGGGCUCCACUGCUAGUGCUUUGGGUGAUCUUGGGCGGCUUUCUGCGUCAAGAGCAGCCUUGGCAGGAGGAACAGAACGGAGUGGUCACGGGCCAUCUUCAAAUUGUGCUGCUGGGCCGACAGAGCUGUUGGAUGGCGAGACGAAUUCGGCCUCAGGAAGCAGCACUACUCGACCUAUCUCUUCAUCAGUGGCGCCAGGUGGAGCGGGCACCGGGGCCAGUUGUGAGGCUCGGGUAGCAAUUAAACUCGGAGGGACUAGUUGCCAUUCUCCUCUUGGUGGAGCCAUUUACUCUCCCAUAGGUUCUUCGUCAGCGACGGCCUUGAGAUACUUGGUAAGUUGA